UUUAUUUUGUAUCUGUACAUAAGGCCCAAAUCAAUCAGGUCUAUAAAUAAGAGCUGAAUCUAAUUAACGUGAUGAACCUCCAGCAUGAUGGAAGGGAACUGUGGCAGAUUUGAGGUGGCAAAGAAAUGUGAGAGUAUUUGUUUAUCAGAGCUGGAUCAAGGUUUCCUCACAGACUGCAGCCUAUCUGAAGGAACCCUGAAAGCACUCCAAAGCAUUGUGGUAGAGUAUACAGAGCCUCCUUCACACCUUCCUGCUUCCAGUAAACACUCCUCUACUGUGUUAUCUCCUUCCAAUCCACACUGUAAGUUGUCCCUCAUGUCCCCAACUGUCCCUAUGCAUGCUGCUGGUAUGAACAGUCUCCUGGAAGGUAAGUCUUCCACUCCUUAUGAGAGGAUGACCUUCCAAAAACCUGUCCUGGCCACAGCUUUGGACUUGUCGUCCAUCGACCUGACCGUCUCACACCCGUUAUGGGAAGUCUCACACAUCAGACCUAACAUGGAGAGCCCCAAAUUGUGCUUGGAUUCCAGUAAGGUGGAGUUCAUAUGGAGUCCGAGUUACCAAGCUACGCCUCUAACACCGGCAGAGAUUUCCUCACUGAUCUGGUCAGGGACACCGCCUGAGGGUCAGAGGUCACGUCGUGAGUUCACUUUUCAGGAUUCGAACCUGCGCCAUGCUGUGUUAGAGCUGACCGAUGAGCAACAGAAGAGUUUGUCCCGAAACAUGGCCAUGUAGUGAGUACAUGGUGUCCACAGAUGCUUGUUUUAGCAAGGAGAGAACCUCGUUUGGGCCGUGUCGAUGUCGUGCUCCUACAAAAGUCAAGUCAAGAAGCUUUGAAGAAAAAAAAAUACACUCC